AUGAAACAACAUAUUAAAGCUAUCAUGAAAUAUCACAUUAAAGUUAUCGUGAAAUAUCACAUGAUAUACCGUUGCAUGGGCCAUUUGAUGGUAGCUUUAAUGGACCAUUACGCUACAGCUUUAAUGGGCUAUUACAAGAUAGCUUUAAUAGGCCAUUACACGAUAGCUUUAAUGGGCCAUUCAUGGAAGCUUAAAUGGACCAUUUCAUGUAAGCUUUAA